AUGGCUGCUCACGAUUUCGUGUUUAGCUGCGUAAUUCGGAGAGAGGAUGUUCCUCUUCUUACACGCCAGUCACCAUCCGCAAGUCACCAGUGGGAGAGAAUUAACUUGGCCACCGCGACCUCGACUCGCAGAAAGACGAGGAAUCCCAAGAAACGUGAAUUGAAGGCUUCCAGAUUCCUUUUGGACUUGGUUGAGGACCAAGGGGGAUUCGAAUUGAACCUUAACUCCAGCACGAGCCAUGCUUACUCCCACAUGGUGCUUCCUUCCAUCAACCUCCCCAUGACUGCCCUCUCCUCCAACUCUCCUCCCUCCAUCCCCUUCAACCCCCCUGUAAGAGACCUCCUCAGCCUCCUCUCCAAUGCCCCCACCAGCCGCUUCCUCCCUAUACGAUACCGCAACACCACCUCCCUCUCCCUUGCCUCCCUCUCAGCAAUGCCCCCUUUCCUCUCCUCUCCCUCCUCCUCACUCUCCUCACUCUCACUUUCCUCGCUUUCUGUACCCCCCUCACUUUCUUGA